GGCGAUGAAAAGGACUGAUAUAUACUUCACCGGUUCCAAGCUGUGGCCCUAGAGAAGUUCUCACAUGUCGCUGUUUGACCUACUAACGCCUCACAAUGUUAUUAUCUUAAAGGUAUCUAUCUUGUUGAAAUUCUUCCGCGUUUAUGCUACUUAUUACGUGCUGCUUAGAAGAGAGUGCGUUUCGGUUGGUGGGAGGAAUGCUGAAGUAGAGUCGUUUACGGUCUCCGCCACAGGCAGUAUAUCAGGUCUAUAAAAAUCAAAGCUGCCUGAUGUAGUAUUUUAUUAUAGUAUUAAACGACCAAAAAAGUUCAAGUAGUUUCUUCCAUAAAUACACAGGAUUGUCGCGCGGUGGUGUUUAAUACCCUCGUUAAGAAAAAUUACUGUUAAUUUUCCAAUAAAGCACUAUUUUACCCUGACGCCCCUCCGCUGAAAUGGGCCACGACAUUAGUAAGAGCAAGUAAACAGUUGUCCAAGGAUAAAACGCAUCAAAGAAGUGUUAUGUCAUAACAUGGCGUCGUUAGAAAUGAACUUGGAUAGGCAUUCCUGAUCUAUAUGUUAGAUUUGGAAAGCUGCUGAUAAUUUGAUGAGCUGGAUGUAAUGAACCAAUGUGACUGAGCAUUUUCUUUUAACUGCUGUUUCUCACAUUUACACAGAUAUGCUAAUCAGAUGAGCCAAAAUACAAUCAUUUUCCCUUUUAUUUCUUCCUCGUUGUUUCUACAUAUGCAUGUCUACAUAAUGUCAGCGCAAUGCAAAAUUUAAGUGGAAAUUUAAUCGCCCGUCGGUAGAUAUAGUGUGAUAUAUGGACACGCUCUCAUUUUGCAUAUUGCAUAAACAAGACAAUUUAUUUAGAGGGAAAAUAUGGAUAGUGCGAGAGGAGGAGAGCUCACGCAGCCCCUGGCGGAGUGAUUUACGCCCCAUUGACGCUUUAUCAGGCUGGUGAAAAAAGUCUGACCAAUCAUUUAGCUCGGCGCUCACAACAGAACAGCCUGGCUCUACUUUGUUGGCGAGAGAGUUGAGGAGAGUAGCGUGGAAAAAAAUACCCAGUACUCUCUUACAUGUUUUCCCUUCAAUGAACCGUGCGUUGUAUAAUGUCCGAGAAUGUCCAUUUCUGGAACUCUUAGCAACUACUAUGUCGAUUCCAUCAUAAGUCAUGAGAAUGAAGAUCCAACCUCGACCAGGUUCUCCAAUGUGCAGUAUUCAAGCUCUAGGCAACCGGGACAUGGCGAGCAUCCCGAAUUUCCAUCCUGCAGUUUCCAGCCCAAACCUCCCGUUUUCAGUUCGUCUUGGAGUCCGUUCAGUCCCCAUGCUUCCAACAGCCUACCAGCGGUGUACCACCCGUAUAUACCAACUCAGCCUGUACCUUCCACGGACAGCCGAUACCUCCGCUCAUGGCUCGACUGCACCCCGCGAACUGCCGAGUCCCUACCCGGACAAGGGCAGGUCAAGAUGGAACCGCUGCUGGGACAUCUCGGGGAGCCCACCAAAAUCGGAGGGCACGAAUUCAUUUUGGAAUCCUCCUCGUCAAGGGAGCUGAAUCCCGGCCAGGGCACCGGGUUCGAAGACAAUAAGGACAUUUGCGAAGGUAGCGAGGACAAAGAGGGGCCAGAUCAAAGUGAUCCAUCUGCCAACUGGUUACAUGCCCGAUCAUCUCGGAAAAAGCGCUGCCCAUACACCAAAUACCAGACCCUGGAGCUAGAGAAGGAGUUCCUCUUCAAUAUGUAUCUAACGAGGGACCGGAGGCACGAGGUGGCUCGUUUGCUGAACUUGACGGAGCGACAAGUGAAAAUAUGGUUUCAAAAUCGACGGAUGAAAAUGAAGAAAAUGAAUAAGGAUCAGCCGAAGGAAUAGGGAGGGAUGCCCUUAACACAUCAUCAUACAUGUGCUCUCGCGCGCGCGCGCGCGCGCACACACACACACACACACACACACACACACACACACGUUUAGUCAUUCACUCUCUCACUAACACACGCACACACACCUCACUGAAAUGCCUUUACAGAGUCGGACCCGUUUCUUGUUGGUGAUGAUGCUUUGAGUGUCUGUCUUUGAUUUGUUUCUUUUUGAUAUAAUAAAACACACACUCAUUACUGGGCUUCAAACCAACUUUUGAAACGGGAAUGGUUGACGCGAGGGCAUGUCGCAGGGGCUCAGACUCUCGAAGGCGACUUUAUUACUUAUUUAUUAUUUGACGCACUGCGCCGGCGCUCCACUAGGACAGGCGUGUUGUGUUGAAACAUGGGCUUCAAGUGACCGUGAAUGCUUAAGAAAAAUGGGGGAUGCUGAUUGUGUCCUCUACCUGCAUCUUUUCCUUUCUUGGAUUUGUUUGUAAUCAUUCCUUUUUAACACCAAUAUUUUGUGAUGUUAUAUAAUUCAGAAACAAAAAUGAAGUAAACCGAGAUUAUUUGGCGAUUAUUUAAAUAAAAGUAGUGGAUGUAAUUUAAAUCUGUCUCUUUGUUAGGUUGUGUAAUUUUAACUGGGUUAGAGUAUUUUGUGUCUAGGCCAUAGGUGUUUAAGGCUGUUGGAUCUAAAUUAAAAUGGCAGAAUAAGCUGACCAUAGUUUUAAGGAUUUAUUAUUAUUAUUAUUAUUAUUAUUAUUAUUAUUAUUAUUAUUAUUACUGUUGUUCAUUUGAGCUAGCGUUGCCUCACGGCCUUGCUCAUGCUUUUUCAGCAGCCAUUUGCGAAGUCAGUGUCCAGCUUGUGUGAUUUCGCAUAUGCUGUAAUCAUAUAUUUAUCCAUCAUUUUGGCUAAAUAUUUACUCUGAAACUGGAAGAUGCUUAUGAGGUUUUGCUAAAAACAAAUUGUCUUGCGUGCAAAACUGUCAGGCAGUGCCCGGGUCUCUUCGUGAUAAGUGUCCUUGUACGGGUACAAAUGUGUUUGAAAUAUCUGUCGGUUUUAUAUCCCAUCUAGAUUGAUAAAGUUGUGGGUAUUAUUUUCAUGAAAUUUACAGAAAAUUGAUUAUUGUUCCGUGUGGGCUGUUUUGAGAUCAUGCUUCGAUAUGUUAGUGUGGCACCUGACUUGAUGCAAGCGAUCCCUUUGGUAUCACGUGUAUGAAACGUAGAAUUAGAGAUUACUUUUACCAAAUUGUCAUUUAAGCAUAUUCAUCUAACAUUUUGCCUUUGUUGUUGUAACACACCUGAAUGUGCCGGUAACCCAGGGAAUGCGUAACUGUCGAAUAGAGCCUCUAAUUAACAGUUUCCCACCAGUUACGAGCAAAUAUGUUUACAUUAGAGCAUGCUCCUUACCAUCAUGUUUUAGUUCUCCUCAUGCGUGUUUUUAUUACUAGCAUAUAGUCCUAUCAUAUAAGUUAUCCCUACCUUGCAGAUGAGAUGAGAUGUCUAACUUAUUGUAAAUACGUUAAUAACCCUGGCUCUUUUUAUGGAAUGCGUUUUAUAUUUCUGAGAAGGCGGGUUUGGGAAGAGACCUCAUACUUGAAUGAGAGGUAAUCUUUUGGAUUUUUAGUUAUUGUUUACAUGUGUUUGUCCACAAUGUCAUGAGAUUCAACUGUAUUGUCCAAUAAAACAAUUUCUGUA